GGCGCCACAACUUAAGGCCUUUUUAGUAGGAAACAUGAUAUAUAUUAUAUAGCCAUAAAAUGAAUACGCCUAUAAGGCUGGCAGAGGAGACAAAACACUCAGGAAGAGAGAAAGGAAUAGGAGUUGGGAUAAUGUAAACCUACAAUAAGUUACAUACUUUACACUGUUGUCAGAAAAAUGAAAGAGUCCCAUUUGAUGUAAAUUCUAGAUAAGUCAAGGCAAUAUAUUAAAGCAACGCAGGCUUAUUGGAGCAACCGUCUAAAUCAGAAAUAAUAUUGGGGGCAGCUAGAAAAAUUUCAGUUGAUUGGCACCGACCAACAACUUUUUAUGUUAUUUUUGCAACUAUUGGCAACGUCGCCGUCGGUUGGAAGUCAUAGGCUGUGAUCAUUUUGGUUUUGUCUUCUGCUUGGGUUUCCUUUCACCAUUUGCAAUUGGUUGCUAGUUAGUUGGUUGUGUAACCAUAAAUUCGAUAAAAAAAAAAUUAUUAUGAUGCUCGAUGAUGCUAAUUUCGAUGUUCUGUCUCUUUUCAUGAAUGAAUCAGCCUCUUACCAGCCUUCUAGGAUUAUUAAUUACGUAUAUAGCUCUAACAAAUUUUUAAAUAAACCUAUAAUUUGCAUAAAAUAUUUUGCCCUCAACUAUUAUACAAAGAAUAACUUUUGUUCAAGGAUGUAGAAUUACAUGUUAUAAACAAGUUUUUUUCAAGUUCAUAAGAAUAUAUCUAUAAUAUGUGCGUUUUUUUAAGAACGAGUACAUCCAACGAAAAAUACAGAGCGAUUAAAAAGUCAACCUAAUCCUGGAAUAAAAAUUGAACUGAAAUUUCCUAUUAACAUGUGUCCGGAUAAUUUCUGGAAGGUAUUUCGUAGACUGUAUUUGGGAGAUGCUGAAUUUUCAUAACAACACGUUGUUUUCGUUUUAAGUAAUAACUAAAUAAUUUUCGUACACAGUUAACUAUGGACGGUAAAACGGUAUAAGUUUUAUCUCAUGUAUGUGCCCAUUAUGCCCAAAAUUUGUCAAAUUACUUUUACCUUUUCUUUUAUUUCCCCAUUAUCUUCAAUUCUUUAACUUAAUAUCCUUAAAAUGUUACAUCUCUUCUAUUUGAAUCGUUUAUCUCCUUGCUAAAUAUAUUGCUAUAGUCAGGAACCCAUUCUCGAUAAGCACAGAUUUCACUAUCAACAAACCAAGCAAAAUGAGGUUAAAAACGUCUCGAGCGCCACCUUGCCGCAGGUGCCCUAACAAAAUUCAGUAUGAUUAUCUGGUUGCCUAAAAACGAAUGCAUAUAGCCAAACUUUUAAGUUUCUGGUAUAUUUUAGGUGGUAGGUGUUGUGAUUGACAUUGACUGUUUCUCGACAUAUAACUUUGUUUAAAUCGUGCCUUGUUAUUCGCGUAACCAUUGUUUAAUGCAUGUUUUACUUUUCGUUUAUUUCAAAUUACACUUGAAUUUAGUAAAUCGUUUUAAUUUAUUUCGCCUUUGAAGAAAAUUUAAAUAGAAUACGUAAGUUAUAUUUUCAUUGUCAAAUUUCAACAAAUAAAUGUAUAUUUAUAUAUAUAUUUUAAUCAUUGAUUUUCGCGAAUUCCGAGAAAAAAAUUUGUCUUCUGGGUGCUACUCACCGACAUUUAGUUUAAAAAAUUAACGAACAAAGUGUAGUAUUUAAAUAAUGUUCACUUUAUAGAAGAAAGACGGGAAAACUAAACAAAAAUAGAAGAAUCUUCGGUUUAAAUUUUGGACUUUGGCGACCGAAGCUUUUUUGAGAGCUGAAGGUCGAAAUCGAACACGGCCAAUAAAAUCCGCCAAUAUGCUCAGAUUUGUCCGGAGUACAACCCCGUUAAUAUACCCAGAUUUGAUUUAAUUAAAUACAUUGUUUGCGCACGGAAUUAACUACUCAUAUCAAAAGGAUUGGGAUUAAUAUGCCAUCGACCGUUUACAUAUACAGGAUGAUUAUGCGUCACACUAUCUCACCCCGCCUCUUUCCGAAAUUAAUCGGACCUGCCGCUAAGUAAACGAAAAGUAAUUUAAUUAAUAUGUACGGAUAUUUUAUGUUGUACAAUGGAUCGCAUAAAUCUAAAAGUUUCCAGAUAAAGAAAUCGAAAUAAUAGGACACUAUUUAGUUUGUAAAAACUAUUAAUUAUUCAUCGUCCUGUAAACGAAAAGUAACGGAAACACCCACACGAGAGACAAAUCAGCAACUUAGCCAAAAAAAAAACUCUGUAUGGAUUAAAAAGCAAGGCUGCGAUAGAUUACCCGGGGUUUAAAUGAAUAUAUCUGCAUUAUCGCCGUGAUAUAUCUGCAAGUUAGGAAUUAUUAGCAAGAAUAAAAGCUAUUGACUCGCCCUCGGUCCGAUCUCAGUUGAAUACAUGCCGCCGUUGUAGACGAGUUUCAAAAUAUGUAUUCACAAAUUUACUGGGUUUCCAUUUUAACAAUUCUCUUCGACUCGAUCAGUUGCAAUCCGGCUGAAACGCAACGACUGGAACGAUAUCUGAACGACGACUACAUCGAAGAUAUCGUAGUGGACGUUCCUUCGGACGAGGCCAAUUACGAAUUUGCAAAUUCAAACUACGUGGAUUCCGGUGAAAAUAACACUUUAUCUAGCUCGGUAAAAGAUUAUUUUGAAAACGUUUAUUCGGAUUUUCCCUACAAAAGGGAUAACAACCGCCAAAAGAAAAGUCAAGUGUUAUGCAGGGUUGAAAAGAGCAUUCACCAUCAUACGGAGAUGGGUUACGACUUCUUUCCGAAAUCUUACGUUAGUUACUCUUGCCGUCCAGCUGAUUCUAUUCAUUUUGCAGAUGGAUCUUCGAGCCACCAAGAUGUGUGUUUCGUAAAUGGCACACGGUGCAUAACUAUAGAAAAAGAACAUUGGUUCACAAAACAUAAACAUAAUACUAAUUGCUGGAAACCAUUUCGAGAGGUGAUAGCCGUGGGUUGCAAAUGUUUACCGAGAAAACAUCACUUUUAAAUUUCCCUGUGUAUUUUGCGCAAUAAAAAUCGUCCAUAAAGGAAAAAGUUUUGUUUGUGAAUCCGACAUGCAAUUAU